UGUUUAUGGGUUCGAUACUGAAAAUGUCUGGUCGUGCUAAGCAUAAUAAUUCAAAUUUUAUGAAUUUCGUUCGAUUUAAAGGCACGCGCUGCCGUAACAUGGCAGCAGCGGCGGUUAUCAAAAAUGCCCUUUUUAAAUUAUUGCGUGGCGCGGGCUCGUGUUUGGCGAUGCCAGAUGACAGCGGCAUUUUUCGACAGGCUGGCAACCUUAGAGUAUACCCACGGAAUUUCUGCACAAAAACAACAAUUGGCUUUAGACAACAAAUGGACCACACCGUACCUCCCAAAGAGUACAAAUGGACGCCAGGCAAUCUAAUCAAUGAAUCCUUUAGACUGGGACCCAACGGUCACGUCUGCAUUGUACUUAACCGACAAAUUCAAAUACCUGCGCACGUGGUCAAGCUGUUAUGGAAGAACGCGACAUUGAGAUGCGCCGUUGAUGGCGGCUCCAAUCACUGGCGCGAUUUCAUAUUAGCCCAGUCGCUCACAGCGAACAAGGGCAACACGGAUAACAGCGAAGUGGGAAUCAUAGAACCACCCGACCUCAUAACGGGCGAUUUUGAUUCCAUAACGGAAGAAACAGUCGAAUUCUUUAAAGCAAUACCGAAAAUAAGAACACCCGACCAAGAUGCAACGGAUUUCACAAAAGCCUUUACAGUGCUGCAGCCGGUAAUGAUGCAACGCAAGGUCACUGAUGUGGUGGUAUUCCACGACUGCUCCGGUCGGCUGGAUCAGGUGAUGGCCAAUCUGAAUACGUUGUACAAAAAGCAAAAUGACAGCUGUAAUGUAUAUCUGCUGAGUAGUGAUUCCAUAACAUGGCUGUUGCGGCCGGGCAAACACACAAUACAAGUUCCGCUCGAUCUGGUGACCAGUCAACGUUGGUGCUCUUUAAUGCCACUGGGCAGUACGGCGCACAAUGUCACCACACAGGGACUCAAGUGGAAUCUAUAUAAUGCCCAAAUGGAAUUUGGCGGCAUGGUGAGCACCUCAAAUACCUAUUCCACAGAGUUCGUUCAGGUGGAGACGGAUAGCAAUUUGAUUUGGUCAAUGGGCGCCUAUGACUUUGAGGAGAAAUUGCGGGCAAACAUCAACUGAAUUGAUAGCGAAAGCACUUCUUUUUUUUUAAAUGCCGGUUGGAGACUUAAAAAGUAUUUAGAGUACCGUAGCUUAUUGUUGUUGGUUAAUCAAAUAAGAGAAAAAAUAUGUUUA